GGCAGAGCGGAGGGGUUAGGCGAGAUAUAACUGCACUGACCGACGUGCUUCGUACUUCUGGCAAGCAGCUCUUUGUAUGAAUCUGCGUUGAGACUUUCAUUCAAGAUCAUCAAAGAUGAUUCAGACCAUGGUCAAACACGCGAGGAAACAUCCUGGGCUAAUCCCUCAAUUUGUCUUCCUGGCGCUGGGCAUCACAGGUGCCACCUUCUAUCUGAUCCGGCUGGCAAGAGGACCCCAUGUCACCCUGUGGAACAAGAAGAACAACCCCGAGCCCUGGAACAAUCUUGACCCCACCUACCAGUACAAGUUUGUGGCCGUCAACACGGACUACAAGAACCUGAAGAAAGAGGGCCCCGACUUCUAAAAAAAAAAAAGAAAAAAAAAAGGUCCUCCGGGGGCAACUCCAGGGGCACCAAGUUCAGCAGGACCUCCAGCUGCCGCCUCGGUGAUCGCUUUCACCUCGCUCUCCAUGACGACAGCUCGGAACCAACACCGUAACCCUGUCAACGGGAAAUAUUAAAGAGUACGUGAGGAAAAGAAAAGGCUUGGUUUC